CGAGCGACGGUGGCAGCGACCAGGAGCGCCAUCCAUCAAUCGAACAACAAUCUCAGCUGAUGCUUAUGGGUCCAUGUGCCCCCAAGUCGGCCCUGCACCGGGCCCCCCCUCCAGCAGUAGCAGCAGCAUGGAGUCUGAAGACUGCCUCUUCCUCAACGUGCAAAGCCCAGCCAAUGCAAGCAAUCUACCUGUACUCAUUUACAUUCACGGAGGAGGAUACGGUGCAGGCAACGGUCGACAGGACUUCUCUGAUCUGCUCAACACGAACGGAAACAACUUUGUCGUGGUGUCGAUUCAGUACCGACUUGGACCCUAUGGCUUUUUGGCAUCUGAUGAGCUGAAUAGAAGAGGUGUUGUUAAUGCAGGAUUGCUCGAUCAAGUCUUCGCAUUGCAAUGGGUGCAGACGUACAUUCGAGAUUUCGGCGGCAAUCCAUCAGCCGUCACGAUAUCGGGCGAGAGUGCAGGCGGAGGAUCCGUUAUGCUAAUGGAUAUGGCCUACGGCGGAACCCUAGGCGACUCCCUCUUCCAAAACAGCAUUGCCGCCUCGCCAUACCUCCCCAAGCAAUACUCCUACAAAGACUGGGUACCAUCACAGGCCUACUAUGCCUUUGCCAGUGCAGCUGGUUGCCCGAUCGGAGGCUACGGAAACUCCACAAACACGAUAUUCGACUGCUUGAUGUCGAAAGAUACCGCCACGCUGCAAGCUGCGUCGAUAGCAGUGACUGCGACAGUGACGUACGGCACCUGGGCAUUCCUCCCUGUGACGGACGGGACGCUGGUUCAGAGUGCGCCCAGUAGUCAACUCAUUGAAAAGCGCGUCAAUGGCCGCAGUCUGUUGGUAGGCAACAACGCGAACGAAGGGGCGGCGUUUACUCCACAGGAUAUCCGGGACGAGACUGCUCUGCUUGCAUGGCUGCAAAACACUUUGCUGGAAUUCACACCUGAUGAUCUUGCCAAGGUCUUGCUAUACUAUCCGAUUAGCAAUACGUCAACCACGAAGUUUGCGACCAAUGGAGUGUCUGGACCUAGUGCGCUGGAUACGAGUUCGAUUGCGACUGGACAGCUGCAGCGUGCCUUUAAUAUCUACGGCGAAUUGACUUUCGUCUGCCCGUCAUACUGGAUGGCGGAAGCCUACGCAGGCGACGAUCGCUCAAGCUACAAAUAUCAAUAUAGCCCUCUUCCCGGUCUGCACGCGGACGACUUGGUAGCUUACUUUGGCCCAUUGGGUUCCGCGCCAUAUCUCAGCACCGACUUCCAGCGAGCCAUGAUGAAAAUCUGGGGCAACUACGUCACGAAAUCGGACCCAUCCAUCUCAAAUGAAUUCGCGAAUGGUUCAUCCAACUCUUCAGCUUCGGCAAACGCGGCAUCGAGUUGGCCAGUGUUCUCGAAUGCGACGCCGUAUCAACUGAACUUGAACCAGACGGGCGGAACACUAGUUCCGCAGACCGAGACCACGCAAGCGUACCUGACGGGUCCAACUCUGAAGAAUGACUUCUCCCUCGCGAAUGCGUAUACGUGGGAAGCAGGUCGCGGAGCUAGAUGCGACUUCUGGAGAAGUGUUGCUCCCUUGGUACCGGCUUAAAAGUAUUUAAUGUCAUUGAUAGCGCAAUCAUGAUUGGUGAACAAUGAAACUUAUCAUGGAACUGCC